GCCCCACCAGACCUUCCUUCAUUGUCAUUGUCUUUGCCACUCGUCUUCUUCUCACCGACGUCAUACCCUUUUGUAAUUCCAUAAGCCCCGAACCGAAAGCAAGAAUCUUUCUCCAACAACAACAACCUCAAAAAUACCCAGAAAGAAAGAAAAAAAAUGACCUGAGAUUCAUUCACCGGCGGCAAAAUCCACCCACAAUGUCCACAUUGAAAGAGAAAGUUUCUGAAAGGUUCUCCCGUCUGUUUGCCGAUCCACCCAGCUCAGCCUCUUCUCCCGUUCCUAACCCAGUUGACGAUGAAACUCCCCAGGUCAGGUCAUAUUCUAAAGGGGGUAUACUACUAUCUUCAUACUUUUCCUACAUUAUCCCAUCAGUAGGCGGUGGUGGAUCAAAAUCAUAUGAGCGCGAACUAUCAGUCCCACCUAGUAGUGUGAACUUUGACUCCAAAUACGAAACCUUAGAUACAUUUGAAGACUGUCGUUCAUCUGGGGAGAAUAGAGAAACUGAAAAUGAUCGAGAAAAUGAUGAUGACCAUGCUUCUAUGGGGAGCACCAGUGGUUCUGAAGUGUUUGAACAAGCAACUUUACAGCCAAGUGUAGAAAAGCAGCUAUCCUAUCUCGUGGAUGACUCUGUCUUUAUCUCCUCAGACUUGCAUGAAUUCUUACUUUCUUCUCUGCCUAAUAUAGUGAAAGGAUGCCAAUGGGUAUUGCUGUACAGUACGGCAAAACAUGGUAUAUCCCUCCGCACACUGAUUCGCAAGAGUGCUGAAGUCUCUGGUCCAUGUCUGCUGAUUGUUGGGGAUACGCAAGGUGCUGUAUUUGGUGGACUCCUGGAGGCCCCCUUGAAACCAACUGCCAAGAGAAAAUAUCAAGGAACGAACCAGGCAUUUGUUUUCACUACCAUAUAUGGGCAACCAAGGCUGUUUAGACCAACUGGAGCUAAUCGAUACUAUUACAUGUGUUUGAAUGAUCUGCUAGCUUUUGGUGGUGGUGGUAACUUUGCCAUAUGCUUAGACGGAGAUCUGUUAAGCGGAACUAGCGGACCUUGUGAAACAUUUGGGAACUUAUGCUUGGCUCAUAAACCAGACUUUGAAUUGAAGAAUGUUGAGCUUUGGGGUUUUACACAUGCAUCACGGUAUCUAUCUUGAUACAAAGCCAAAAUUGCUCUGCAGCAAAGCUUCUACCUCAUUUGUAACGUUCUAUGAUUCUUUUCUUUUUCCUUUUUCUAGUUUACUAUGUGGAAUAUAGGAGUUGAAUUUGACAUACCAUGAAUGGUGAAGUAAUUAGAACUCAUUUACUUGGUCGAUUGGAAUGUGUCUUCUCUUUAGUUGGUAUAUUCACAAGUACAGUGCCUUUAUAGUU